AUGGUGCGUCUAAUCGCUAUAUUAUGUCUCCAAGCAUAUUUUUUAACAGAAGCUUUCGGCAUACCUGUAGGUAUUCCAGGAGCGGGUUGCGCGAACGCGCUACCAACAAUGUUACCAGGACCUGCAAUCGAGGCUUAUUCAAUGGCAACACCAUUUAUUAAUAACAUUCAAGUAACUCCAACUAUCUCAGAAUUAGUACCAUCAUUACAAUACGGAGAUAUGACAAUGGGUGGUGAUUUACCAAUUGGUGGGACUAUAAAAGUUUGUGGUUGUUUCCCUGUCUAUGGUAUGAUCGCAGUAGAUGGGGCAUUACCUUCUGCCGGUACAGCUGUAGUAGACGAUUUAUUUGGAAGACAAUCUUUCGAAGUCAGAUGCGGUGGACCAUACUUUUAA